AUGGACGGAAUCAGUUCCUCCUCCACCGACGACAACAGCACCACCAGCACCGACUCCAAUCACUGCAUCUCCCCACUACCGCCGCCGCCGCCGCCCGCCCUCCUCCCUUUCCCCGCCAAGUCAUCCCUCUGCCGCGUCGGCAGCGGCGCCAGCAGCAGCGUCGUCCUCGACCCUGAAUCCGGCAUCGAAGCAGAGUCCCGCAAGCUCCCUUCCUCGAAAUACAAAGGCGUCGUCCCCCAGCCCAACGGCCGGUGGGGUGCCCAGAUUUACGAGAAGCACCAGCGCGUCUGGCUCGGCACCUUCAACCGCGAGGACGACGCCGCACGCGCCUACGACAUCGCCGCCCGACGCUUCCGCGGCCGCGACGCCGUCACCAAUUUCAAGCCCCCUCCUAAUUCGCCUCCUCCGCCGGCCUCCGGCGGCGAACCGGACGACGACGGCAUCGAGCUGGAGUCCAAUUUCCUCAACUCCCAUUCCAAGGCCGAGAUCGUCGACAUGCUGCGGAAGCACACCUACGACGACGAGCUGGAGCAGAGCCGCCGGAAAGGGCAGGGGAUGAAACAGAGCAUCGCCCGGUUCAAUCCGAAUGCCGGGUCGGACCGGUUCGACCGGUCGAACCGUGAGCCGCUGUUCGAAAAAGCGGUUACCCCGAGCGACGUCGGGAAAUUGAACCGGCUCGUGAUCCCGAAACAGCACGCCGAGAAGCAUUUCCCACUGCAGAGCGGUGGGAAUAAUAGCAGCAGCACGACGAAAGGCGUGCUGCUGAACUUCGAGGACGCGGCGGGGAAAGUGUGGCGGUUCAGGUACUCGUACUGGAACAGCAGCCAGAGCUACGUGCUGACGAAAGGGUGGAGCCGGUUCGUGAAGGAGAAGGGAUUGAAAGCCGGCGACAUUGUCAGCUUCCAGAGAUCCGCAGCCGCCGCCGGCGAGGAGGAGCGGCAGCUGUAUAUCGACUGGAGGCCCAGGGUUGGGCCGAACCAGGCGGUUUGCUCGGUGGUCCAACCGGUUCACAUGGUCCGGCUGUUCGGGGUGAACAUAUUUAAACUCCCCGGGAGCAGCGGUGACGGUGGUGGUGGGUGUAAUGGGAAGAGGUCGGUGAGGGAGAUGGAGAUGGUGGCGUUUGAAUGCAGUAAAAAACAGAGGAUUAUUGGAGCUUUGUAG